AUGGCAGCCAACAUGCCGUCUGCCAACGGAGUGGCCAUGGCUCUGCUGCAAAGUUUGCAGCCGGAAAACCGCCAUGUAUUUCUGCAACCAACGACAGACUUGUCCACCGAAUCACUAAACUUGGUGCGAGACACAUUAGAGGGCUUCGCCGCGCAAGUUGGCGAUGAGCAACAGCGGCGACUAAAGGAAUCGAGAAAACGGAAGCGCGACGGUGAAAAGGAAGAGAUGCUGAAGCUGCGAAAGAUUUACGUUGACGGCUUUCAGACAAACCAGGUCUGGCAACAGGCCAAGAAGGUCAUUGGAGGCGUCUUGCAAUUUUCGGAGACACUUCUAGGAGAAAUGGAAGAGAAGAAUGAGAUCGCUCUUCCUGAUGGCGACAUCACUGGAGAAGUCUCGGCAUCUGAGGAAGCCGAAGACGAUGCGAGCAAUCUAGACGCUGAGUCGGACGAAGAGGACGAAGAUGAUGAAGAAGUCGGUUCUGAGGAAGAGCUUGAGGAUCUAGAGGACUCCAAGAUCGAUGCAGAGGAGCUUGGCGAAGAUUUGGAGGAGGAAGCCGCCGAGGUCGCUGAGGACGAUGACGAAAACGACGAAGAUGACCAAGACGACGAUGGCGAAUCUUUUGUGGAAGACCCUGACGGCCUUAAUGACGGCUUCUUCUCCCUCGACAAUUUUAAUAAGCAAACUCAAUGGUUCGAAGAACAAGAUACCCGCGGCGACCCGAACGCAGACAUGGCCAGUGACGACGAAGAAAUAGACUGGACCGCAGAUCCCAAUGGCCCGAACCAAAAGUCCAAGGCCGUGAAGACCAGACGAUCGAAGAAGAACACGGAGGACGAUGACAUGGUCGAUGACUCUGACGAGGACGACGGGCCUACUUUUGGUGACAUGGUUUUGGAUGCUCCAGAGGGCGACAGCGACGACGAGGCAGCGGCGUUCGAAGACGGCCACGAAGACGCCGAGAAUAACGCCAACGAUAUUUUCUACAAGGACUUCUUCGCCCCGCCACCGCGCAAAAGAGAUGCGAAAAAGCCGAGAAAAUCAGCCCCCGAAGCUCAAGAAUCUGCAGAGCAAGACGUGGAGCGAGCCAUGGCUGAUGUGCGUCGUGACUUAUUUGAUGAUGAAUCCGAAAUGGAUGACUCUGAGGAUGCUCUCUCGGAUGCGUCUGCUGGCGACCCCAAGUCCCGCCGCUCAGCGCACGAGCGUAGACAAGCCAAGGUAGCCGAAGAGAUUCGAAAGCUCGAAGCCGCUUCCGUGGCCAAGCGCGAAUGGACUAUGUCCGGCGAAGCCAACGCAGUGGAUCGCCCUACGAACUCACUUCUUGAGCAAGAUCUUGACUUCGAAUACAUCGGCAAGCCUGUGCCUGUAAUAACGCCCGAAGUUAGCGAGAGCAUAGACGAUCUCAUCAAGCGCCGCAUUCUCUCACAAGAAUUUGACGAAGUUCUGAAACGCCGCCCCGAGACUGAGACCGUACCGGCAGGUACCCGUCGUGGCCUCGUCGACGUCAAGGAUAGCAAGUCAGACAAGAGCCUGGCUCAAAUCUACGAAGAAGAACAUGUCAAAAAUGCCGAUCCUGACAACUACGUGAGUCAGUCUGACGAGAAGCUGCAGCGUGAAGAAAAAGAGGUGGAAAAUAUGUGGAAAGAGAUCUCUGCCAAGCUCGACGCCCUCAGCAGCUGGCACUACAAGCCCAAGCCGACAGCGGCUACGCUCUCCGUCGUAGCUGACGUGGCCACCAUUGCCAUGGAGGACGCGCAGCCGGCGACAGCCCAGGGUGUUGCCGGCGAGAGCAGCCGCAUGGCGCCACAGGAGGUGUACAAGGCCGGCGCGGACACGAUAGCCAAGGGCGAGGUGGUGUCCAAGAGCGGCCUGCCAGUGGCCCGGCAGGAGAUGUCACGCGAGGACAAGGCCCGCCGCCGCCGGCAGCACAAGGAACGCGUGCGCAAGGCCGGCAACGGCGGCCCGGGCGGUUCCCGGGCGGCCACGAGCAAGAAGGCGCAGACCAUUGCCGACCUCAAGAAGGGCGGUGUCAAGGUCAUCAACCGCAAGGGCGAGAUCACUGACGUCGACGGCAACAAGAUCAAGGCGGUCAAGGCCAUGUCCAGCGGCAGCUUCAAGCUGUAA